AUAGGUAAAGAUCCUUUCUUUGAGUUAGACAUGCUAAAUCGAUCAAGGAUUUUAUCUAUAUAUGUACUUUGAUUUAGACCUAUUAACUUUCUUGAUCUAUCUCGGUAGAUUCUUAUGCCAAGGACAUAACUAGCAUCCCCUAAGUCUUUCAUGGAGAAGUUCUCGCUCAACCACGUCUUUACAGAAAUCGGAUUCGGGGCAUGUAAUUGCCUCGAGGUAGGUCUCUGGUUCGCCUUGAUCUACCAACAAGACGUCACCUUCAUCAGACAUGAGAAAUCCAUAUCUGACCGGAGGAUUACGUAUCCGG